AUGAGUGGUCAAGUGGAAGUGUCAGACAGAGAGGUGAAGCAGAUUCUGGAGAAAAUAGUAAAUAAAAAUAGGAAGGACUGGGUCGGAAAGCUGGACGACACAUUAUGGGGGCAUAUCGAACUGCAUACAAGACCUCCAUAUAUAGGUACUUCUCCGUAUAAGUUGGUUUAUGGGAAGGUAUGCCACUUGCCCGUCAAACUUGAACACAAAGCCUAUUGGGCAAUUAAAAAGUUAAAUAUGGAUAUGGACAUAGCCGGUGAAAAAAGAUUGCUACAACUUAAUGGGCUUGAUGAGUUUCGAUUGCAUGCGUAUGAAAAUGUCAAAUUGUAUAAAGAAAAGACCAAGAGGUGGCAUGAAAAGCACAUCCAACAUCGCGAGUUUGAGCUAGGUAAAGAAGUUCUCUUGUUAAAUUCGAGGUUGAAGCUUUUCCCCGGAAAGAUUAAUUCUCGAUGGUCAGGUCUUUUCAUUGUGGUAAGUGUGAGGCUUCAUGGAGCAGUGGAAUUGCGUGAUACGAGCUCAUGUGGUACCUUCUUGGUAAAUGGGCAUAGAAUAAAACAUUAUUGGGGUGGUGACAUUGCACGUCGCAAUACGUGGACUUGGCCGAUGCUUGAAAACGUGUUGAGUCAUGCCGCGACGUUAAAUCAGACGCUUGUUGGAAGACAAACCAAUUAUUAA